GAGCGCUCCCGCGGGGGGAGCGGAGUCUGAGAGGCGGCGCCGCAGGGGACGGAGGGACGGGCGCAGUGUUGGGUGUCCUAGCUUUUUCUCCAAGGCCAGCGCGGAGGACGCGAUGUCGGGGCUCUUCCGCCUGCUGCUUUUGGCCGCUGGCUGCCUGGCCACGCUCUGCGUGAUGACCGCGGCUCAGAGCACCCCCCGGGCCCCGAAGGAGACUACACUCUCGGUUCUACCGAACACCACCACGACAACCCCGGUGCCGCCGCCGACGCUCCCGACGGUCACCACUCCAGCACCAGAAAUCUGUGAAAGCCGCAACAACUGUGUUUCCUGUUUUGACGCUAAUGCUGCUAACACUACCUGCUUUUGGAUAGAAUGUAAAGAUACAAGCUACUGUUCAGAUAAUUCAACAGUUAGUGAUUGCAAGGUGGUGAACAGCACGGAAUUCUGUACUGUGCCCACUGCCACAGCAUUGCCAACCAAUUCUACAGCUAAAACCACAACUCUGCCUUCCCCUUCUACAGCUUCCACCACAGCUACUACAUCAGGUACAACUAAUACCACUUUAACUCCGACUUCACAACCUGCGCGGAAGUCUACGUUUGAUGCAGCCAGUUUCAUUGGAGGAAUUGUCCUUGUCUUGGGUGUGCAGGCUGUAAUUUUCUUUCUCUAUAAAUUCUGCAAAUCUAAAGAACGAAACUACCACACUCUGUAAACAGACCCGCUAAAUUAACAAGGACUGGUGUGUAACUCACUGAAACCAAAAUAUUAUCUUUCAAGAUGUCCCACAUGGAAGACGCUAUUCUAGGAUCUUUAAUUUUUCAAAGGAUGCAUAUAGGAGCAUCGCCCUUGAAGAAAAAUCAGUUAAAUCUGUUUGCUCAACGGGAAUAUUUAAAAUAUUCUGCAUGAAUCCUUGUGGCUGUCUUCUUUUAUUUUAAAUGGCUGCUGCUGUGGGAUUAUGUUCUCUCUUCUUGACAUGCCAAAUGUAACUCUGUAAGUGAUGGAAAACAUUGUCCUGCUCAGACAACCUCAUGACUCUUUUGGCAAUUUACAUGUAGUCAUUUUAAAGCCUGAAAGCUGCAUUUUUUCAUCCUAACUCAGGAUGUAGUUUAGUGACCAGAAUUGAGAAGAAUGUGCCAAAUGAGCAUCAGUCAGGUGGAUUUGGGGCUGUCAUUGCAAAAGUGGAAUAAAUUUAUAAAUUUAGUAUCCUUAGAGUAAAAUUUUGUGCUUGAUAAGUUAUUUUUUCUACAUUAGAAAAAAGAUGCCACACAGGGAAUUACAUUCCAGAUUUAAAGAAAUGAAUGGAAAGGAUACAAAACAAAGUGUAGCAGGUUAUUGUUCAUACUUGUAAAGCACCUUAUAUCAUUGAGAAAAUAAAGAACAGUGCCUUAAAAGACUGAAAGGUAGACUGUAACUUAAAAUGUUGGUGAUUUGUUCUUUCACAUUAAUGAAGGGAAAGGUUGGUCUGAGGAUGUAACUGUUGAUGUGAGCAGUAGUAAACCUGCUUUUAGAUACCAUACUGUUAGUAUUUAAUUGAAAACGUACCUACUUUAUUUCAAGCCUGAGUAACUUAAAGGAUGUUAUACAAAGUCAAAAGCCUUCAUCUAUUGAAUCUCCCAGCAUUUUGCUUAUGGCUGUUAAAAAGUAUAGAGAUAAAGUUGAUUUAAUUAUAUUUUCCUUUGUACUUCAAAAAAUUAUCCUAAAACUGUUGUACCUUAAAAGGAUUUCCACAAAGCUUUCUGGAAAAGUAACUUCUGUAAGGCAAGAAAGAAAGAAGUUGUUUUAGAAUCAUUUAUUAACUCUUUAAAUGAGACAAUCAUUUUAAGUUUUGAGACAGCAAAUGUGAGCAGUGUAAUUUGAGAAAAAAUUUUAGUUGAUCAGAUUACUGUAGAUUUUUAAAGAUGAUUGCCCUGGAUAAACAGGUUGUACUUUUUCUUUCUCCUUUUCCAUCCUGUCUUCUCAGUUUCAAUUGCUGUAGUAUAAUAAGCAUGCAUACUUUUAUUUCUUUAGCUUCCUUAUGAAGCACUAGUUUUUUCAGGUUUAGAGGGAUACUUCUUCCCUGCCUUUGACACAUUGGAUUAGUUCAGAGGCUUAAGUCAGUUUAAAAUGAGCUUUUGCUUUUCUAGGUCAUUAAGGUUUUUUGUUUUAGUUUCUUUAGCCUAUAGUGGCUGUGUUUAGCACUUGGUUUUCAAUAUUUUAUAGUAAGAAAUGACAAGUUGCUUUGGUCCAUUUCAUAAGCCAAAAUUCCUUACAUUUAGAUAAUUAAAGGUUCUUAAAAUGAA